AUGGCUUUGGGGCUCAUCCGGGAGAGGAUCAAAGUGACACCCAAGUGCUGCUGGGGAGAGCGGGCCACCACAGUGCAGCCAGAGCCCGUGGUCUGCACCAUGCCCGCAUGCCUGGGGAACCAGCUGGAGGCCAAGCUGGACAAGCCAAAUGUAGUGAACUGGAUGUGCCACCGCAAAACCGAGGACUACUUCACCCUCUGGAUAAACCUGCACAUGUUCCUGCCGCUUGGCGUCGCUUGCUGGAUUGACAACACCAGAGUGGUGUAUAACCGCAGCACCGGCAAGAUGUCCAACGCGCCCGGGGUGAAAAUCCGUGUGCCUGGCUUUGGCAAGACCUACUCUGUGGAGUACCUGGACAAGAGCAAGCUGGCAGGUUACCUAUACACCUUGGUGCAGAACCUGGUGAACAACGGCUACGUGCGGGACCAGACAAUACGGGCUGCCCCCUACGACUGGAGGAUUGGACCCAACCAGCAGCCUGACUAUUUCCAGAACCUGAAGGCGCUGAUUGAGGAGAUGCAUGACACCUACCAGAAACGGGUCUUCCUGCUUGGACACAGCAUGGGCAACCUCAACAUCCUCUACUUCCUGCUGCAGCAGCCCCAGGCCUGGAAAGAUCGGUUCAUUGCGGGCUUCAUCUCCCUCGGUGCCCCCUGGGGUGGGGCCGUCAAGGCCAUGCUCGUCCUGGCCUCCGGAGAUAACCAGGGCAUCCCGAUGGUCACAAGCAUCAAGCUGCGUGAGGAACAGCGCAUGGCCACCACAAGCCCCUGGAUGUUCCCGACCAACAUAGCCUGGCCCGAAUCACAUGUCUUUAUCUCCACGCCAUCCUACAACUACACAUACCGGGACUACCGGCGCUUCUUCCUCGAUGUCAACUUUGAGGAUGGCUGGUACAUGUGGAAUGACACCAAGGACCUGCUGAAGGGGCUGCCUCCUCCUGGCGUGGAGACCUACUGCCUCUACGGCACAGGCCUCCCAACAGUGGAGACUUACAUCUAUGACGAGCACUUCCCCUAUGAGGACCCCGUGGACGUGGUCUAUGGGGACGGGGAUGACACCGUCAGCACCCGCAGCAUGAAGCUGUGCAACCGAUGGGCCAAGCAGCAGGAGCAGCGAGUGCAUGUGAUGGAGCUGCCAGGAGUGGAUCACCUCAAUAUGGUUUUCAACAACCAAACACUGAGCUACAUCAACGAGAUUCUGCUGGGCAGCUCCCAGGCCAGUGCGGAAGAGCAGCGAGGGCAAAAGACCCUCUUCCCACCCAACCCGGAACCAACACGGGCCAGGAAGAACCUCUCUGGUCGGAGGGCCACUAAGAACCCCAAAAUGAACUGAAGGCAGUGAGGGUCAGCUUUGCUCCCAACCAGCUGCCCUCCAGCAAAGGGUUCAAAUCUGAGUGCCUGUGGAGGGCAAAGCAGCACCCACUCCUGCUAUGACUGGCUUUU